ACACUGCAGUCUGGGUACUGAGCUAAUUCAGCAGUAUUUGAAAGCAAAUGAAAUAGCUAAUGAGACACGAGUUCUAAUUUUGCUGAGUGUGUUGGGUUUAAAGGCUUACGGUUCGCUUCAAAGUUUGAUUGCUCCAACCAAAGCAGUAAAUGGCUGCAAAGGAGACACCAGGAUGGUGUGUUGUCGCCCUGGUGCAAGUUUCGGGAGGCAUCGGAGCGGAUGCAGGAUGUUUUCAAGGGAAAGGGUGAACAGCCUGAGAUUGCUGUGCACAGAUGGCAUUGGCAGAGGAGGAGGCCGUAAGCAGUGAGUAUGGAGAGUUCGGCAAGAGGACCUCCAGGAGCUAACCUCCGGAAUACUCCCGGUGCCAAAGGCCAGUGCAGAUGUCUGAGUUGAAGAAUGCCGUUCUAAUCAAGCCCUCACUGAGCGAGACCCAGGUGGUGGAGCUGGUAGGACAAUUGUAUCGUCUGAAGGUCUCAGAGGUCCAGCCACUGCCCAGCUAUGAUGACCAGAACUUUCACAUCCAGGUAGCUGAGACCCAAGUAAGCAGGAAUCACAGGAGGAGCUACGUCCUCAAAGUCCUGAACACGACCGACAGCCAAGAUGUAGAUUUGGUGGAAGUACAAACACGAGUCUUGAUGUUCUUGAAGCAGAAAGGUUUUCCCACCCCCACACCCAUCCCAACCACUGAUGGCAGGAUUAUGUCGCUGGAGACGAUUAAAUCUGGUCAAGAAUAUAAGACCCAUAUGGUCCGCUUGUUCACCUAUUUACCGGGAAUUCCACUGCAGCAGAUUCCUGCAGGCCCACUGACCUUGUACAAGGUCGGGCAAACUCUCGCUCAGAUUAAUAAGGUUCUCAAAGAAUUCCAACAUCCCAAACUGAAGAGUCUACAGAGAGAUUCCUUCAUCUGGAAACUUACGAACAUUCACCAGCUGAAAGAGUACCUAUACAUACUGAAGGACAGUGAUCGCAAAGUUAUGGAGCAAAUUAUUCAGCAAAUUCUAGAGAAGGUGCUUCCAAAUAUCAGCAACUUUCAUGAAAGCAUCAAUCAUGGAGACUUCAGUCACACCAACGUUCUAGUGCAUCCUCGUCAUUCAUCAGCUGAUCGCUCCAACCCAGGUCACCUGAAACAGGAGUUGGACAUCUCUGGCAUUCUUGACUUCAGUGACAUGAACUGUGGUUACUGUGUGUGUGACCUGGCCAUAUGCAUAAUGUACAUGAUGCUGGACAACAACGAUCCCAUGCAUGUGGGGGGCCACAUUCUCGCCGGCUUUGAAAGUGAGAUAUCUUUAUCUCCCCAGGAGAGGGAUGCCUUGUAUUUGCUGGUUCUUGGCAGGUUUGCUCAGUCGCUGGUUAUGGGAAGAUACAUAGUCCAGUUUUACCCAGAUAAUGAGGAAUACCUUAUGACCACAUCAAGAACUGGUUGGAUGCUUUUGCAUCAGCUCUGGGAACUGGGUGAAGAAGCAGUGCAGAAAGUUUGGUUUGAGACAGCUGACUCCUAUCUCACUCCAUGACCUCCCCAGUGGAACUGAGGUGACCCAGGCACAACAGCUUCUCAUAAAAUAUCCAUGUAUUUAAGGGAGAAAUUACUAAAUUGCAAUCAUUAAGCAUGUCCACCAACUGAAUGGUCCAUUCAUGUUUAAAUAGAUCUUUAAACCAUCAUGCUUGACCAGAUAUGAAAUGGUGUAUCAACCCUCUGGGGCGUGAGACUUGGUUAAUAGUCUCACUAUCCUGAGUCCAAUUGUCCUAGAGAUAGUGUAGAGAAGCUCAUGGGUUAAUCUUCAAACCACGUGCCAUUGCUGAUGACAGUAUAGGUGAUGUUUUGGUGUGGGUUAGGGUUUGUUGAAAUUCCACCAACAUUCCUCUGCACUCUGAUUUCUGGUAUCUCGAGCCAAGCUACUUCCACUAUCAGUAGCUGAACUGUCACCCGAGGACCUGGUGUGAAAUGGUCACUGUCAGCACAGGGUGCUCACUCUGUGCCGUAGGUUGGGGAGAAUCAGCUCCUUGAUCGUCCAUUCCCCUCAGUUUUUCCUUCCUCGGGUAAUUUCAGAUUUCAUUCAUCUCCUGCUUCUGCUCCACCUAGCACCUCUUGGCUCUCAGCCUUUGCCAGUCUCUUCCACCAAGCCCCAUCCCCAUUUCCUCAGUCACCUCUGCCCCCUUCCAUCCAGCCCACUUGGCAAGUUCAAACUUCAUCGCGACUUUUCCCGGUUCCAGCAUGAAACGUUAACUUGUUUUCCAUCUCCACUCUGGUAUCUCCAGCUUUUUUCAAAAAUGUUUUUCUUUCUGUAGCAUUCAAUUAUAGCAAUAUGGUGAUCGGAUGGUUGUGGAUGUGGCACAGGUGUGGAUAGGGUAAGAGGGCCGACGUAACCCUGGCGCAGAUAAUAUGAAGGAUCAGUGGAUAUGGUGAUGGGGCAGAUUUAGCAUAUCUACUGUCUAGUGAUGUGGUGGAAAUGGCACUGUGGGGGGUAUGUGCGAUUAUGGACAGAGAGUGCUAUGGCACCUCUGCUGUCACCACACAAAACCCUGAAAGGUUUGGAAUUUUAAAUCUAUUAAAACAUCGGCUGUGUAUACCUUUUAUGCUGUAAUAUCUGUACCCAUGACUAUUAAUACAUCUGAUCAGCAAUA